AUAAGGAAUGUUCUGAAAUGUGGAUCAAAAUUGGUUGAACGACUUGACUUCGGGUCUUGCUAAAAUUACGGUCGGACAACAAAAUAUGUCGGAACCACCGCGAGCAUGACAGCUCGCGCUGCCGCCAGCAACGCUCUUCCUCUCCAGAGUCUCCACAGUGCAGAGCCGGCCUCCAGAGCCGCCGCCAUGGCGAGGAAGCGAAGCCUCCGCGCCACCCUCUUCUUCGCUCUCCUCUCCCUCGCCGCCGUCGGAGCCUUCAUCCCCGCCUUCGCCCCUCUCCCUUCCCUCUCCUCGCCCCGCCGCCCUCCCCUCCCCAACAAGUCCGAUGGUGGGAAAUUCGAGAUCGCCGGUGACAAGUUCUGGAAAGAUGGCUAUCCCUUUCAGAUAAUUGGUGGUGAUGUUCACUAUUUCCGGGUGCUUCCGGAGUAUUGGGAAGACAGAUUGUUGAGAGCAAAAGCCCUGGGUUUGAACACCAUCCAGACAUAUGUUCCUUGGAAUCUGCAUGAACCUAAACCAGGCGAGACAGUCUUUGAGGGAAUUGCAGAUAUAAUAUCUUUUCUCAACUUGUGCAAGAAGCUUGAUCUCCUGGUUAUGCUUCGAGUGGGCCCUUAUAUAUGUGCAGAGUGGGAUUUUGGGGGCUUCCCUUACUGGCUACUUGCCAUAAAACCAGCACUUACGUUAAGAUCAUCUGAUCCUGCAUUUGUCAAGUUGGUUGAAAGGUGGUGGAGCAUUCUACUUCCAAAGGUUUCUUCUCUUCUUUAUGCAAAUGGUGGCCCUAUAAUAAUGGUUCAGAUUGAAAAUGAAUAUGGCUCAUAUGGAGAGGAUAAAGCUUAUCUUCAUCACCUUGUGAAAUUGGCUCGAGGAUACCUAGGCGAUGAAGUAAUCCUGUACACUACAGACGGAGGUUCUAAGGAGGCUCUUCAGAAAGGUACAGUUGGAGGAGAAGAUGUUUUCUCAGCUGUGGAUUUUGAAACUGGUGCCGAGCCUUGGCCUAUAUUCGAAUUGCAGAAGCAGUUCAAUGCCCCAGGAAAAUCACCUCCACUUGCUGCGGAGUUUUACACUGGUUGGCUCACACACUGGGGUGAGAAUAUUGCUCAGACAGAUGCUGAAUUUACUGCGGCUGCACUGAAAAAGAUUUUAUCGAGAAAUGGGUCUGCUGUGCUCUAUAUGGCACAUGGUGGAACAAAUUUUGGGUUCUACAAUGGAGCAAAUACUGGCGGGAGCGAGUCCGAGUAUAAGCCCGACCUUACUUCUUAUGACUAUGAUGCACCUAUUAAAGAAUCUGGUGAUGUGGACAAUCCAAAAUAUAAAGCUAUUAGGAAGGUUGUUGAGCAGUAUUCUACAGCGCCUCUUCCUUCAGUACCUUACAACAAUGCAAAGACAGGGUAUGGAAGGAUUCAGCUACAAAGAACCUCUUUUCUUUUUGAUUUACUAAAUGUUCUACGUCCUCAUGAUGUUGUCGAAUCUGAAAACCCCUUGUCAAUGGAGUUAGUUGGCCAGAUGUUUGGAUUCUUAUUAUAUGCAUCUGAAUUUCCUGCGACGGACAAUGGGAGUAUGCUUACCAUACCCAAGGUGCAUGAUAGAGGUCAGGUGUUUGUGUCAUGCGCUUCGCGAGAGGACAGACCAUUAUAUGCUGGUGCUAUUGAAAGAUGGUCAAAUAAACCACUUCGUCUUCCAGUUACCAAAUGUGCAUCAAGAACCUCCUUAUAUGUCUUGGUUGAGAACAUGGGUCGAGUAAAUUAUGGAUCCUACACGUUUGACAUGAAGGGUAUUCUCUCUUCUGUUUACCUAAAUGGAAGAGUUCUGCUUGGGUGGAAAAUGUUCUCGAUUCCUUUGCACAACCUGAAUGAGGCACCAAAAAUCAAUCCUAUUGUUCAGGUUGGACAUUCGGGAGUCAUGAGAGUUCUCUCCAACAAAAGUAUCAAUAAAUCUGAUGGCGCAACAAGAGAACCUGCUUUUUAUGCUGGCAGUUUCCAUGUUGAUAAAGUUGCCCAAAUUAAAGACACAUUCAUUUCUUUCCGAGGAUGGGGUAAAGGAGUUGCAUAUGUUAACGACUUCAAUAUAGGGAGAUUUUGGCCGUCUUUUGGUCCGCAAUGUAACCUUUAUGUUCCUGCACCUGUCCUUCGAGUUGGGGUAAAUUCACUGGUUGUUCUCGAGUUAGAAUCCCCAAAGCCUGAUCUUGUCUUGCACUCGGUUGAUGAGCCGGAUUUCUCUUGUGGUAAAUCCAAAUCGAGUGUGCAUAAGCUUUGAUCUGUCACUGCAUUGGCUGCAGUUGACCUUUCUCGAGACAUGGGAAUAUCAGAAGCUUAGAGCUUCAUAGUCAAAUUUAUCACAAUGUGCCAAAAUUGGUAAAAUGCUCCUAUUGUCAACCAUUACCAAUUCACCACUGAAGUCUGUUCACCGCAUAAACCCUGCAAGUGAUUUUUAUGAUGGAGAGGACUUGGAUUGGACUUGGAUCAGAGAGGAAGCACUUUCCAAAGGCAGGAGAAGUAGCUGCAGCUAAUUGACUUGUAACUUAGACGGAAAUCAGAGAAGUUCGAUUGCUCUAACAGGUUGCAUCUGCAAGGUUCGCAUCAACUGCUCUAUCUGCUUCUUAAUGUAAUUCGUCAACACAUUCAACAGUUUCCUUAAGCAGAAUCAGAGGUUGGAGACUUUGCCAUCCCAGUUACUCAGAACUCGAUAUUCGCUUAAACAAAGAGCAAUUGCUUGCUUUUAUGGGCUGUAAACCAUCUGAAUGUAUAGUGCCCAACUUUUAUUACAGUCUUGAGGUUGGGGAAUCACCUAAUAAAAUGUACUCAAGUUUGCUUUUGGCUCAAUUCAUGCAGACCAUUUGCUCUUCUUUUAGGUCA